CCCGCUCGUGGGUGUUCCCUGCCAGCCGAGCGAGCGCUCCGCCGGACCGGCCCUGUGUGCUGGCUGUCGCUCCUGCCGGGCUCCUUCCUUCCUCGCUCCUGCCUGCGGGGCGCCGCUGCCCGGGGGCCAUGGCGGGGGCGCCCGGCCGGCCGUAGGCGUGGGGCUCAGAUCCAACACAAGACUCAUGUGAGCUUGCCACAUCUUGCCUAAUGGAAUAGCUCAUCCUUUCACUUCUGUGAGAGAAGAGAUUUGGAUUCUUCCUGGUGGCAGUGAUCCUACCCAGUCACUGAGUUUCCAUGGGGUACAGAUCAUGCCACUGGACUGCAUUUGGAUAAAGGAUGAGUUUGGUGUUUCAUUGAGGAGUCUUCCAACACAUUUUCCAAAUUCCUUUUAAUGGUGUUCUAAGUGAGCUUAUGUGACACAAACAGAAUUGGAUCAUGAGUGAAGAAAAAAGCUUUGGUGCAUCCCAGAAGAUGUUGUCUCCUUCAAGAAGUACCAGCAGCUGCUCCUCCAAGCAGGGAAGUCGACAGCAGGACAGCUGGGAAAUUGUGGAAGGACUCCGGGGAGCAAUGAACUGUACCCAGGAGCCACAGAAGCAGGAGGGCUGCUUGCUGAAAAAGAGGAAAUGGCCUCUGAAAGGCUGGCACAAGAGAUACUUCUUUUUGGACAGAGGGAUUUUGAAGUAUUCUAAAUGCCGAGCUGAUAUAGAGAGAGGAAAACUUCAUGGCUGUAUCGAUGUUGGACUUUCUGUCAUGUCUGUAAAGAAAUCAACAAAAUGUAUAGAUUUGGAUACAGAGGAGCAGAUAUACCACCUGAAGGUGAAGUCUCAGGAGCUGUUUGAUGAGUGGGUGGCAAAGCUUCGCCACCACAGGAUGUACCGCCAGAACGAGAUCUCCAUGUUUCCUCACGACGCCAACAACAUUUUCUUCCCCGGGUCUACUACCACGGACUCUGUCCCAGGUUUCUGUGACUCUGCACCAGGUAGAAAGGCAGGCAGCUUGACCAAACAGAAUUCAACGUCAACUGGAGGUAAUUUGUCGUUUUCUUUUUCGAGUAAUGAGUCAAGGAUUUCAUCUUGGCUACAGUCUUCUGAAGACAUGGAAAAAUGCUCAAGAGACCUCUCCAACUGUCACACAUAUUUACUGGAAAUGAACCAGCUGUUACAGAGCAUGGAUGUUCUUCACAGGACAUAUUCAGCGCCUGCUAUAAAUGCUAUGCAGGUUGGACCUUAUGAAAGCCCAAAGAAGGAAAAGAGAACACACAGGAGGUGGCGAUCCAGAGUUGUUGGGAAAGAGGCUAAAGGAAUGUUACAGGUGCCUUCAGUAUUUUCUGCCCCUAUGAGACUGCAUGCUUCCAAUCCAAACUUAUCUACAAUAGAUUUUGUAGAGGAGAAAAAUUACUCUGAUGGCUCUGAAACAUCAUCAGAAUUUACUAAAAUGCAAGAGGACUUAUUUCACGUUGCACAUAAAGUUUACUUCACCUUGAGGUCAGCUUUCAGCACCAUAUCUACAGAGAGAGAAAAGCUGAAGCAGAUGCUGGAGUAUGAUGCAUCCUCAUCUCCAUCUGCACAAAUAGUGGGCUUGAAGAAUGCCCUAACAUCUGCAAUAGCACAAAACACAGAUCUUAAAGACCGGUUACGCAGAAUACAUGCCGAAUCUAAGAUCAUUGAUUCAGCAUCUAAUGCAAAAUCAAGCCCAGAUUUGGUGAAGGAAAAUUCAAGAGAGGAAGGCAGAGGUCUGGUUCACCAGGUGUCCAAUGAAAGCAGACUGUCUAUUGCUGACUCUCUCACAGAAUUCUUUGAUGCACAGGAAGUCCUGCUGUCUGCUAGUUCUUCAGAAAAUGAGGUAUCAGAUGAUGACUCAUAUGUAAGUGAUAUCAGUGAUAAUGCCUCAGAAGAUAACCUAAGCAAUGACAUGGAGAAUGAAAGACAAACUUUAGAUUGUAUUUCUGAAAGUGGAAUCGGAUGCAAUUCUAAACGGAGAACGUGUUUACCAGCUCCAUGCCCUAACACCAGUAACAUCAGCCUGUGGAAUAUCCUGAGGAAUAACAUAGGGAAGGAUCUCUCCAAGGUGGCCAUGCCUGUAGAGUUGAACGAGCCCCUGAACACGCUGCAGCGCCUCUGCGAGGAGCUGGAGUACAGCGAGCUCCUGGAUACAGCGGCGCACACGCCAAACCCCUUCGAGCGCAUGGUGUACAUAGCUGCCUUUGCAGUCUCUGCCUAUGCAUCCAGUUACUACCGAGCUGGAAGUAAGCCAUUUAAUCCUGUGCUUGGAGAAACCUAUGAAUGUAUCCGUGAAGAUAAGGGUUUCCAGUUCUUUGCAGAACAGGUCAGUCACCACCCACCUAUUUCUGCAUGCCAUGCUGAAUCUGUGAAUUUUGCUUUUUGGCAAGAUGUCAGAUGGAAAAACAAAUUCUGGGGGAAGUCCAUGGAGAUUGUUCCAGUUGGCACAACACACGUGACUCUUCCAGCUUUUAAAGACCAUUUUGCAUGGAACAAGGUGACAUCCUGCAUCCAUAACAUCUUGAGUGGGCAAAGAUGGAUUGAACACUAUGGAGAGAUCAUCAUAAAAAAUCUAAAUGAUGACACGUGCCACUGCAAGCUGACUUUCAUAAAGGCAAAGUAUUGGAGUCCAAAUGCACAUGAGAUUGAAGGCAGUGUCAUGGAUAAAUCUGGGAAAGUUGUGCAUCGACUCUUUGGGAAGUGGCAUGAAAGUUUAUAUUGUGGGACAACUUCAUCUUCAAACUGCAUAUGGAGAGCAAAUCCAAUGCCUAAAGAUUAUGAACAAUGGUAUGGAUUUACACAAUUUGCACUGGAGUUAAAUGAACUGGACCCACAAACUAGGUCAUUACUCCCAUCCACUGACACACGUUUUAGGCCAGACCAAAGGUUUCUGGAAGAAGGGAAUAUUGAAGGAGCUGAAAUGCAAAAGCAGAGGAUCGAGCAGCUACAGCGAGAACGACGGAAGGUGCUAGAAGAAAACAAUCUAGAGCAUCAGCCUAGAUUUUUCAGGAAAUCCAGCGAUGACUCCUGGGUGAGCAAUGGAACCUACAUGGACCUUAGGAAAGAACCUGGUUUUUCCAAACUGGACAAUCCUGUCCUCUGGUGAAAGAGGAGCUAAGUGAAGACAUUCUGUGCUGUAUUCUUGAAUCUGAUUUAAAACACAUAUAUAUAAAAUAUAACUAUAUAUCUAUAUAUACACACACAUACAGAAUGUGUGUGGUGUGUGCAUAUGUGCAAAUCUCCAGAAUCAUGCUUAAUUUAGAAUCUGAUAAUUCAUUUGUUUCCUUUACUCAACUAUUACAGUGAUUGUUUGAAUGUAUAAAUAUCCUAACUUCCUUUUAUAAAAUAUUUAAUAAAUAGUACUGAAUGUUAACAGAUGGAAAAGAGAGGAGCUUUUACACUACUUUUUCAAUGUGUAAUAAUGUCAGUUCUGAGUUAAAUUAUGCCUUACUGAAUUGCAUUGGAGACAGUAGCAUCAGCAUCUCCUAGCUGUGCUGAGGAAGAGUGCAAGCCUUUGUAACUCAAAUUGUAGGUAGGCUUCCACAGUGCAAUGAGUAGUUCAGCUGUCUCUGGGCUGGUAUAAAUUGCUGAAACAGAUUAUCAGCUGGUGCUGGAAUCUGACUGUGAUCUUUUGCUGUCUGCAGGAAAGAUUUAAGUAAGCUUUUGUUUCUAUUAACUUUCUUCUGAGCUUUAUGGAAGAGGUAGUUCUGAGCUUAUGUCGGUGGUUCUACUGCCUUAUACAUAAACUGUACCCGGUUAAAUGUAGUGCUAGAAAGUCAGGAAUCGCCAAAAUUUUCCACUGGGAAAAAUUUUCACUUCAAAUUUAUAGCCCCCAACAGGGCAAAAAGAGGAGAUCAUUUGUAUAUACUGCUUGAGCACUGACUAGAUGAAGAAGCUCUCUCUUUUUCCAGUAAGUGAAAUCUUAUACAGAGCACGAAAUCCUGUGCUUCCAUAGCUUCAUUUGUUUUUAUUCACUUAAAAAUUGCAACAGUAAGACUUUUUAAAAAGUAAGCAAACUGAUUAUUUUAAGCUAGAAAUUUUUUCCUAGUAUUUUGAUAUUUUCUACCUCUUAAGAAAUAACGUAUUUAAAAUCUUAUAUUUAAAAAAUUACCAUCUGCCUUAUGGAGAAGUGUAUGGAGUCUUUGAUCUUCCUCUGUUUGUUUGUUAAGUUCAGAUAGCUAUUUAAACGUCUUGCACUAAAUCAAUUGCAUCCCUUUGCUGUAAUUUUAUACAUAUGGUUCAAUUUGUGAAGCUACUAAACCAUAGGUCAGAAAUUUAACAGGAAGCAAAUGUAGCAGAAGCCUCACUUUUGAAUGAAGAUUAUAGAGAUGGGUAGUAUUGUUGGGUUUUUUUCAUCAAAUCACAAUGCCACAGUCAUUAACAGACUAAUUUAAAAGAUAGAUCAGAAGAUAAAAGAUCAGUCACACAUAUCUGCAACCCAAGCCUGAUCCAUGGUUCUUCAAAUCUGCUCCAUGUGUCUGCAACUCUGGCAGCAAUGCAGUUUUCUAUGUGAUAGACCUGCAUUCUGUCAUCACACCCUUUUCUUUUCUUUACAUGCCACUGUAAAGACACAAAACAAACCCAAAUGCUGGGUUUGUUAAAUUGGCUUAUGGCUGGAACAACUGGAUAUGGUAUGGAUAAAGUAGACUCCUAGGAGGACAGACUAAUAGCUUAGAAAAGCUUGCACUUUACUGCAAUUGUGCUGCAUUGUUCUAGAGAAAAUCUAUUAAAAAUGGAUCUUUGUAUUAUAUGUAUCAUGAAGGAAAUACUAUGAAGGCUUUAAAUUUUAAACAAAAUCUGUGGUUUCAGAUUAGAUGUGUAUUUGUACUUUGGUUUCUAUUACCUUGAAGCCUCAUUGUCUCAGAGGCAGAUGAAUGCUUUUUCACCAUUUUUCAUUUUGCCCAGGAUCUGCCUCACCAUCAUUUCCAUAAUUUAUUACCAAAGAAGUUAGCAUAAUUAUAUCUAAUUAAUAUGUCUUCGAAAAACUUGACUACCAUGCCAGCAGCUUUAAACAAGGCGAGGUUCACACUUAUAUGAAGACAAAAUCUGGGCUUUGAUUCCAAAGGAAGUCUCAAACUUUGGGGGCUGUUUGGCUUUUCAAGAAAAAUGAGGUUCUCUUCAUGCCUUGUUCCCUUCCUGUCUUUUAUCCUUGUAUUAACUGUCAAAACCUGGCACAGAAAUGAGUUGAUAAUUGCAAUUAUCCUUGCUGUUGGUAAUUACAAUUUAUACUAAAAUUAAGGUUCAUUUAAAAACAAAAGAGGGUAGAGGAAAUAAAAGCUUUUAAGAAAAGGAGCAAAAUUUCUGGAGGCUGCAUUAAGCUUGCUCAUUGUCAUAUUUGGCAGCUACUGUGAUACUGCCUGAUCUGAUUGCUGAGUUUGUGUGUUCUGUGUGUGCAGGGGAUUCCCCCACGCAGGUAUGAAACAAAACAAGUCUCAUAUGGGGUAUUUGAGUCAGGAUUUUUGAGAAAUCAGACUGGCAGUGCCAAGUCUGAUUUCUCUAACACUCCAAACUCUCUGAAAUACAGACAUGGGAUGAAUGACAAGAAGCAUUGGGCUGAGCAGUGCCUUAUAUAAAAAUUUCUUCAUCAAAAUUUCUGUACCAAGAAAGUAAACUCCAGAGUUUUAGCACUGUCUCCGUAAAAAUGCCUGAGAAUAAUCCAGGGUGUUUCUUAAAUGCAUGAAGCAAAAUCAUUGAACAAGUAAUUGCUCCUUUUGUAAAUCUCUAGUACACACCUCCAAAUACAAUGUAACCAGUUGUGAAUGAUCCUCUGACCCCACAUUUCCAACUGCAGUAUAGUUUUCCCUGCUUACUUUUGUAUGAAGCAAUUUGGUUUAGUUGUUAAACUUCUGUUAUCUGUAUAUUAAGAAGUGGAAGAAAUUUGUCUUGAUGUUAGUUCUGUGUAUUUCUGCAUGUAAAUAUAUUCAACAUUCACAAA